AUGGAGCAGCUGCUGGAGUCCAUGGGCGCCGACAAGUACGAGCCGCGCGUCGUGGCGCAGCUGCAGGAGUUCGUGCACCGCUAUGUGACGGAGAUCCUCGUGGACGCGCAGGAGUACUCCAUGUACGCGGACAAGCAGACUAUUGACCCGGACGACGUGCGGCUGGCCAUUUCGUCGAGGCUGAACCACCACUACACCCAAGUGCCGCCCCGAGAUGUGAUGAUGGAGCUAGCCGACAAGCGCAACAGCAUCCCACUGCCUCCGAUCUCGAACGAGUACGGCGUCCGACUUCCGCCGCUUCAGCACCAACUAAUCACGAAGGAGAGCGACCGACAGGAUCCGAAAACGCCGAACACGCCUCGUCUUGGCGACUCCGCAGGAUUCGGAGCUGGGAUUCGAGGCGAUGCAGCGCGGCCGCCCAUGCACCCGCGCAUCGAGGGCUCGCGCAACAAGAAAUUCUCUCGCAGCCCUAUUCCCAUUAACCUUAACUCGAACAUGUAA